AUGUCCGCAGCAGCGAAGUCAAUUGCAAUUUUUGGAGGAGCGGGAUUCCUUGGUCGUAAGAUCUGUGAAAAUGGUAUAGCAUUGGGAUAUUCAGUGAUAUCGUUUACUAGACUGGGUUCUCCUCCCGCAAAUUUAGCCAAGGAACCAUGGGUUUCGAAAGUUAACUGGCAGAAGGGGAACAUCUUUGAACCCGAAACGUAUAAAGCCCAAUUGAGACAAGUUGAUGCAGUUGUUCAUUCUAUUGGGAUGCUAUUUGAGAAUACCAACUAUAAGAAGACAUUGAAUUCUAAUGUUAAUUUUCUUAAUGAUGUACAGAACUUGGCCAAUAGUUUGAAAGGUAGCAAUCCUAUGCAAAGGAAUAGUUUCAAUACUUAUGGUGCCGUACAACGAGACUCUGCUGUGCUAUUAGCAGAUGAGUUUGUUAAGCAAUUCAAGAGUGCUCAUGAAAAUUCCACAGACAAACCUGCAUUCGUAUAUAUUUCAGCAGACAAGAACCCGCCCAUUGUACCCAAGGAAUACAUAACGACCAAAAGAGAAGCUGAAUUUGAAUUAAUGAGUAAACCGGAUUUAAGAACAAUUGUGUUACGGCCAGGGAUCAUGUACGAUGCAAAGGCUGCCUCGUUAACCCCAAGAGGAAUAUUGACACUGAUGACUCAAUUGGGUCACGCUACAAAGCAAGUAGUUGUUGGGGAUCAAGUUUCAUUUUUAAACGAUUUAGUGAGACCCCCAGUUUCCACUGACAAAGUGGCCUUUACAUUAUACGAUUUAUUGGAAGAUAAACUGUUCUCCGGAAUUUGCACCUUGGAUGAAAUGGCACUGUAA